AUGGUGGAAACCGACACUGAAGAAAUUCUCGAUGAGAAAGAAACGGAUAAUCCAGGAUUGGCAUGUGCCUUAGAAUAUUUUGCCGAAUAUGAUGAAGUAUUAAAGUUAAUUGGUAAUUUAUCUAAUAUUUAUAACGAUAGCAAAGAUGUAGAAAUAAAUAUCGAAAAGUUUAAUUUCAUACUGGAUAAAUAUCAGGAACAACCACAUUUACUCGAUCCUAAUUUGGAUAAAAUGUUAAAUGAAUUAAUUAUUAUUAUUAAAGAAAAAAAUAAUCCUGAGAAUUUAAAAGCUUUAGCUUUUCGAUACAUAAAACAUAUUAUGAAAGUUAGAGGGUUUAAAGUUGUUGUUCGUCAUCUUCCACAUGAGGUAACAGAUUUGGAACCUGUUUUGCAACUCCUUGAAAAUCAAAAUAAAGAAUGUAUAUCACACUGGGAAGCAAGUUAUGUUCUUUUACUUUGGAUGUCAAUAAUUGUUAAAAUACCAUUUCAUAUGUCUAGGUUAGACAGUUUUCAAAAUGAAGGAGAAACACAAAAAACAGUAAUUGAAAGACUACUUUUUAUUUGUAAAAAUUAUAUACUUGCCAGUUCUUAUUUUAUGAAUCCUGCCGCUUUUCUUACUUCUCACUACAUAACUAGAUCUGAUAUUAAGGAUAAACAUUUGGAAAAUUUUUUAGAUUGGAUUUUCGAGAAAGUUCAAUUUGAAUCUGGAGCAGAUUUAAUUAUUCAGAGAAAUUGUUUAAAUUCAUUAGUUACGUUAGCAGCGAUAUUAAAACAUGGAAAACGAGAAGAUUUAUUGCCACAUGCACCUGCCAUGUUGCAAAAAAUGCUCAAGUGCGAUUAUAAAGAAAGUAAUAAUUCUCUUCUUAGAAAAUAUGCUAUGAAAGUUUAUCAGAGAAUCGGUUUAACAUUUCUUAAACCCAAACUUGCGUCCUGGAGAUAUCAAAGAGGCAAUAGAUUUUUAGCAGAUAAUUUGAAGCAAGAUCGAGUUCAGCCUACUACUGUUGGGGGUCAUGGAGAAGAUGUCGAAGGAGCAAUAAUUAAUGAUAAUGAGGAUUUUGAUGUACCAGAAGAAGUCGAGGAAGUGAUAGAACAAUUAAUGCAAGGAUUAAAAGAUUCUGACACAGCGAUUAGAUGGUCUGCUGCUAAAGGUUUGGGUAGAGUCACGGGUCGUUUGCCUAAAGAAUUAGGUGAUGAAGUAGUGGGAACUGUUUUAGAAUUAUUAAAUCCAAGGGAAUCGGACAGAGCGUGGCACGGAGGGUGUUUGACAUUGGCAGAACUGGGAAGAAGAGGGCUCUUGUUGCCGCAAAGACUACCAGUUGUGGUUCCUUUACUUUUAGACGCUUUAAUUUACGAAGAUUCAAGAGGAUACUAUUCGAUUGGAGAUCACGUUCGAGAUGCUGCUUGUUACGUGGCUUGGUCUUUUGCGAGAGCGUACGACGCACACAUCAUCAAACCGUUUGUCAAUCCGAUCGCUAACGGCCUUCUCGCAGUGACUUUAUUCGAUCGGGAAAUUAAAUGCAGAAGAGCAGCAUCGGCUGCUUUUCAAGAAAACGUUGGAAGACAGGGUACUUUUCCACACGGUAUUGAAAUAGUAACGACGGCCGAUUAUUUUUCCGUAGGAAUAAGGCAAAAUUCUUUCCUUAAAAUUAGCGUUUUUGUUGCAAAAUUCGAAGACUACACUCUACCUCUCAUCAAUCAUUUAGUAGAAAAAAAAGUUGAUCAUUGGGAUGUUGCUAUAAGAGAACUAACCGCUUCCGCUCUUCAUAAUUUAACCCCUCUCGUCCCCGAUUACCUCGCCGAAGCAAUUUUACCCAUAUUACUUGCAAAAACGGAAUUGUUGAAUUUAAAUGGCCGACACGGAUCGAUAAUUUCCAUCGCAGAAAUCGUUCAUGCUUUAAGUUUAUUGAAAAAAAGUAUCGAUUCCGAAAAUUUAGAAAAAAUAAAAAAUCUCAUAUACCUUUAUAAGGAAAAGCGAUAUUUUUCAAUUGUCGGUGGAGAAAUAAUACGCCAAGGAUUUUGUACGCUGAUUGAAAAAUGUGCUCAAUCUCGCUUGCCCUUUCACCAGUUGCCUGUUAUCGACGAACUACAAUCACUGAUGGACGAAUGUUUGAUUAGUGAAGUGCCUAUAGUUAGAGCAAAGGCAGGAGGAGCUUUACCUGCCUUCUUCGAAGAAUACUAUCAGAAAAACGUAGGCGGGGUAAAGAUUGUAUUACAAGAAAAGUGCAAUAAACUUGUCAACAACUACAUAAACGAACUUUCGUGUUUGAAUCAAACGGCUCGGUUGGGUUAUGCCAUGGCAAUAGGAAAUCUACCCAAAUUUAUGAUCAAAGGAAAAGUAGACGAACUCGUGUCGGCGUUGCUCGAGAGUUUAAAAAUCACGGAACCGACUUUGAAAUGGGCCGAAAGCAGAAGGGAUAGCAUAAAAGCUUUGGUGUCGUUGAUUUCGACGAUCGGUUUGGAAAUGCUUUACACGGAAUCGGAAGAAAAGAAAAAAGACUUGGAAUCCAUUUAUCAAAACCUUCUCGUUUGUUUGGGGGAAUACACUCAAGACACGAGAGGAGACAUCGGAGCUUGGGUUCGAGAAUCCGCAAUGUCGGCUUUAGAAAAAAUGAUUAUCAUGACGGCCAAAUGGAACAGCAAAUUAUUAAACGAGUCUUUGAUGGCGAGCAUAGUCGGUGGUAUAGCACAGCAAGCGGUCGAAAGAAUCGACAGGACGAGAUGUUUGGCCGGUAAAUUAUUCGGUUCGAUAUUAUACCACAAAGAUCCGGUGAUACCGCACAUACCGUACAGAGAAGAAUUAUUGAAAAUAUUUCCGUUCGAAACGUGCGGAAACGGUGCCUUGUGGAGAGCGGAAAACGAAUCAUUUCCCAGAUUCGUUCGAAUGCUGUCGUUUCCCUGCUACACGCACAACAUAAUGGAAGGUUUAAUUUUAAGUAUAGGAGGGCUCACGGAACGCUUGGUCAAACAUUCGAGCACGUCACUGUUUACAUAUUUGAAAUCCAUCGAAGAUCGUAAAGAAUUAGAUAGAAUAUUAAAUUCAAUAAUAGACAUAUUCAACACUUACCUUUACAACAUACGAGUCAUACUACCCCUUUUCAUAUUCUUGGAUCGUCUUUUAGGAUCGGGAGUCAUAAGGGAAGUGCUGGAAGACAACAAAUCAAAAUUUGCCGAAGAAUUAUACAGGUUGACGAAAUUAGAAAUAGCUAGAAUAAGAGAUUACAAGAAAUUAGUCAACAGCAUGGAUUUGUUUUGUCAAUUGGUUCAGGUCAAGGGAUGGGUGUCGACGAGAGCUUUAAGUCAAAUGUCGGUAUUCUUAUGUCACAAAUUGAAGGCGGUGAGAAAAAGCGCAUCGAGUAAAUUAUACGAAUGUUUGCUCUUGUACGGUGACUGCACGUCGAUUCCCGAAGAAAAUUUAGAAGAAGUCAUGACGAUAUUGAGCGACACGAAUUGGGAAAACGAACAAAACGAAGUCCGACCCAUACGUAAUAAAUUGUGCGAACUCAUGAACGUACGAAUUCCCCGAGUGUUGGAUAAAACGACGACAGCAACACCCACGACAGCACCAACACCAACAACAACAACGGAACACUAA